AAGAAGCGGACAGCUGGUCCGCACAAUGACAAUUAGCAUACCUCUAGUGAGCGUUUUAGCCACAGAAGACAGUCGUUUAUGCCUUUCUAAUUAACACAGGGCCCCAGCCAACAAAAACAGCUUGUCUUCGGUUUAUUGUGUAGACGAGAGAGAUAAGACAAAACCCCAAAGAGCGAGGAUGUUGGUCCCCGCGGGAAGAUAAUGAAGAGGCUGCGCGUUUUGUUGGUGUGCCUCAUUGUAGCUCUCCUGUGCUGGUACCCCGGUCAAUAUGUGUAUUGUUCAGAGCAGAGCUUGUCUGGCCCUGGUCAGUCCGCGGGGGACAACAAAAACCUGGAGGGGCAGGAGUCGGAGCAGGACUCCACGCAACUCAAGGUGUUGGAAGAAUGGACGACACAUACAUCAUAUGAAAUUGGACUAGAGAUAGAGAAAGCAGCUCUAGAGACGCUAUCAUCACACAAUGAACACCAAGAACAGACUGUGAAUGCUCUGGAAGCUGAGGUGGAGGAGACCAAGUCGGACCCACAGUCCAAUACUGUACUUGUUGCUCUUGAGCCAGAACCCCACCCAGACCCCCAGGCUGAUGUGGAGCAGCAGACUGACACCCAGGACAAUGCACAGGAAGUCCCUCUGUCCUCCACCCCAGAACCAGUUCCAGCACAAGGCCAAGUGUCUCCCGAUGUCCCGGCCCCAGCAGAGACCCUCAGUGACCCCUCUGCUGCACAACCCAACGUGGACUCACACCCAGCCACAUCCCCAGAUGAAGCUGAACACACACCUACCUCACAGAGUGCCAGCCAGACCCACACAGGUGCUGUGCGGGUUGCCAGUGCAGGAGAUGAACUCCCAGUAGACAACUUAGUCUUUGCUGAGCACUCUGAUUCACAGUGCAGGGUCAUUCCCCCCGAACUGGCAACCUGUCCUCUCUUAAGUGUGGAUGAGGCCGGCCUAGAGGACCAGCAGCCGGACCACAGCCAAAGCUCUGGUUCUGAAGCCGAGGUCCAGUCUACUCCGGGCCCUGUGGACCAGGAACAACAACAACAACAACAACAACAACAACAACAACAACAACAACAACUACAGCAGCAACAGGAGGCGCAGGACCUGGAGGAAGGGCUGGCUGAUUUGGACCAGGAGGGCAACACUUCUCAACACGAUGAACCACAGGCAGGGGAGGGCAAUAUUGCCAGAGAGCCUGAUCCCCCAGUGCCCCGCAAAGAAGACAUCCCCACCUUCGACGAGUGGAAGAAACAAGUCAUGGAGGUGGAGAAGGAGAAAAGUCAGUCUCUCCAUACCUCGAGCAGCGGCAGCCCCCAUCCAGUGAAGAAGGUCCAGAAAAACUUCAAGAAUAACUACGCCUCUGUGGAGUGUGGUGCCAAGAUACUCUCGGCAAACAACGAGGCCAAGAGCACUUCAGCUAUUCUCAUGGAGAAUAUGGACCUUUACAUGCUAAAUCCAUGCAGCAACAAAAUCUGGUUUGUCAUAGAGCUCUGUGAGCCCAUUCAAGUCAAGCAGCUGGACAUUGCUAACUUUGAGCUCUUCUCAUCAACACCUAAAGACUUUUUGGUUUCCAUCAGUGACAGAUAUCCUACCAACAAGUGGGUAAAACUAGGUACUUUUCACGCCCGUGACGAGCGCAUUGUCCAGAGCUUCCCACUGGAUGAGCAGCUUUAUGCUAAAUAUGUGAAGAUGUUCAUCAAGUACAUAAAGGUUGAACUCCUCUCCCACUUUGGAUCAGAGCACUUCUGUCCACUCAGUCUCAUUAGGGUGUUUGGUACCAGCAUGGUGGAGGAGUAUGAAGAGAUUGCAGAUUCCCAGUAUCCCUCAGAGAGGCUGGAGUAUUUGGAUGAAGACUUUGACUAUCCACCUGGCUACCAACCUUCAGAGGACAUGGCGUCUAAAAACCUGCUUGGCUCAGCAACCAAUGCCAUCCUCAACAUGGUAAACAACAUUGCUGCUAACGUGCUGGGCGGCAAGCCGGAGCUGGAGGGUGGAACAGUAGCAGGAGUUAAUACAACAGCAGAGGUGGAGGAAAAGAAGGAGAGCGCAGAAGUUGCACCUAAACCAGCUGAAACACCUCCGGACCCUGCAGUACCGGAGCCUGCAGAGCCAGAUCCCCCUGCAGCCCAGGAGGACUGUGAUAUCUCCAAUGACUCUUCCACGCCUUCCCCCUCAUCUACCGACUCCCAGGAGGACAGACAGAUUGUCACUUUGGUAGAGGAGGAGGAGGAGGACGAAGAGCCCAGACAGUCCACUGUCACCCUGAUGGAGGAUGAGGCAGACGAGGAGGAAGAGAAGACUGAGGAGUCAUCGAGGAAGGAGGCGGACAGGAACCAGUGGGACAGCCAGACUUACUGUCCCUUCUCCUCCUUCUCCUCCCUGUCUCUGUCCUGCAUGGCCACCCUGCCGGAGCUGCUCCACCGCUGGUGCUCCGCCCGGCUGGCCAAGGAGAGGCAACGCAGCGUAAAGCGGAAGCAGCUGAGCUCACAAACACAGACUGAUGUAAACCCCCCUUCCCUCACUCACCCACCUCCACUUAUCCCUGUCCCUGUUCCCACACCCCUUAAAGAAGCCCCUCCCCUCACAGAAAAGGCCCCAGAGCCCGAGCUUCCCGUUGAGGCCCAACAUGAAGGGAAAGCCUCGGGUGAGGUGCCCACCACACAUCCAAACACUGACACCCCUGACACACAAACUCCAGAGGUUAACAUCGUCCUGGAGCCUAGCAGGACCGCCACUAUCCCCCCUCACAGUUUCUCAGACAUCCACAGUUCCCUGACAUCGCCCACCCCCAGCCACGAGGAGAAGCUGCCCCCUCCCAUUAAAGACGCGGCUCUCGACCCCGUCCCUACUCCAUCCCUCCCUGCUGUCUCCAUCCCGGAGACGCAACAUGCCUCCAGUGCCACCCCAACCUUAACUUUCAGCCCCCCCCCACAGCCUGGAGCCUCUGAGACGGCCUCUCCUGGUGCUGUGGUUCCCCCCGCCAAGGAGCAGCCCGUUCAGUUGCUUCCCACUGCGUCGAGGCCUGAAGACCUGAUCCCCCCCCUCACUGAACUGCCCACAGCUCUCCCACCCACAGACACAGAGACUGUAAAGCCAGGCGCAGACAGUGGGGACUCACAGAGACAAAAUGUCCAGGCCUCACAGACUAACGGGGAGCAGGGGGACUCUCUCACUCACACUGGAGAUCGUGUGGAGGACUCAGUGGACGAGUUCCUGUUGAGCACCAAUGGGAAUGGCAAUGUCCAUCGCACAGCUACAGACUUCUAUGCAGAGCUGCAGAACGGAGGAGAUUAUAACGGUGGAGCAAUGACCGGGAACGGCAUGUUGUUGAACGGGGGAGCGGUGCACGGCUCCAGCCAGAAGGAGAGUGUUUUCAUGAGGCUGAACAACAGGAUCAAAGCCCUGGAGAUGAACAUGAGUCUGUCCAGCAGAUACCUGGAGGAGCUCAGCCAGAGAUACCGUAAACAGAUGGAAGAGAUGCAGAGAGCGUUCAAUAAGACCAUCAUCAAACUACAGAACACCUCCCGCAUCGCUGAGGAGCAGGACCAGAGGCAGACGGACUCAAUCCAGAUCCUGCACAGCCAGCUGGAGAACGUCAGUAAACUGAUGCUCAACCUCACCGACACAGUGAGCCAGCUUCAGAGAGAGGUGUCGGACCGGCAGAGCUACCUGGUGGUGUCCCUGGUCCUGUGUCUCACUCUGGGCCUCCUGCUGUGUCUGCAGUGCUGCCGCAGCCCCUCUCCCUCCCCCAACCCCAUCGCUGCUGCCCUCCCCAAGAGCAACCACUACCCCAGCCCCAAGAGGUGUUUCUCCUCCUAUGACGAUAUGAGCCUAAAGCGCAGGGUGACCAAUCCGCUCGUUCGCUCCAAGUCCUUUCACUUGUCCUCUACAGAAGUAGGUCCCGAUGACUUGUACAUUGUAGAACCUCUAAGGUUUUCUCCAGAGAAAAAGAAAAAGCGCUGCAAGUCAAAGUCUUUGGACAAGGUUGACAUUCUGAAGCUGGCCGACCCCUGUGCUCCUCUCACAAACGGGGCUCUGAACUGCAACGGCUUCCAACCUUGCCCCCCUUCCCCCCCUCCUCCACCACCACCCCCUCCUCCUCCUCCUCCUCCUCCUUCUCUUCCACCACCUCCUUCUUCCUCGGCGGAGGAGGCGUCGCCACUGCCCACCUGCACCUCCUCAGAGACCAGCAGCUGCAGCUCGUCCACCCACUCUGAGGAGUCCUACACGAGCCGCCUCCCCCCCCCCUCCCCCAUCCGCUCCUCCACAGACCUGUGCAAUGGACACAGCCUGCCUUUCUCCCUCCAGCAGUCUCACACCAAGUCCCGGCAGGAGAAGCGCUCGAUGAAGAGGAGGAAGUCGCGGCAGAUGGAGCUGCAGUUCCCUGCCCUGCGUGGGGGGGGCGUGGGUUCUCUGCCCAGCCUGCAGCAGCUCAUGAAGGGAAACAAGGAGAUCAGUGUCGGGACCAUCGGGGUGACGGCAGUCACCGGACAUGUCUGAAAGCCCACACUUUAACACAACUUUCUACUCGCAACACACACUAUGUGGUGGCAGAUCUAUGAGGAGAUGAGGUACUUACUGCAUCCCAAAGAACCACAUUUCCCAUGAGCACCCAGGCGCACCGUGGAACUGAAAUGGCUGUGGCAGCAGAAGCUCCACAACAACCAGUCCUUAUCCACUCCUGUCAAAGAGCUGUUUACGGUUAUGUGCCUUUAUAUCUGUUCUAGACAUUUUAAAGCUAAAAAUAUUAAAUGUAAAGAAUUGUGCGUACAAGAGAGAAACUGCGGUGGGGAGGGAAACAUUUAAUCAAGUCAAAUCCAUUGAAGUGUGUUCAAGGUGUUUUUUCUUCUUGAUAAGCACAUUGUCCCAUGACAGUUGAGCACCAGUAAGCUUUUAUCCCCACAAAGUGAGGAGGCCUCAGCUCUACGUUCCUUCACCCCCGGGGGCAUCAAGAAGUAUUAGGCUUCUCUUUUGGAUGAAUUGUGUCGUCGUGACAGACGUGGGGAGCACGACAAACUACUUCUCUUCUUUCAUUGCCAUCGUUUAAUCCAUUCUGCCUCUGUAUUGCAUCCUCACAUGACUGCAGGUGUGUGUCAUGGGACCAGAGUGUUUCAGCUUUCAUUGCACAGCCAUGCAAUGCUCCUCUUCCUCUGUCUCCGUCAGUCUGUUCCAAGCCAACCAUCAGAGCUGAAUGAAGAACAUCACGUUACCUGUCUGAAUGUGUUAGUCCUCUCAGUUUAGUGUCCUGUUUAACCUCAAAUUACAAAUACAAUCCCAGCAGUCUGUAGGUCCUACUAGGCCACGAAGAGAUAUUUCCUACUCGGUCAGUUUGGGCUGGGCCCGAAAAGCUUGCACAUACACCCAUUACAGAGAAAUUGCAAUAAUACAGAAAAAUGUUGUGACUGUGAGGAAUGUAAAGUGAAGAACAGGCUAGAGGCAAGCCAUGGUGUUCUAUUUUCUUUUUCUUCGUAUAUAACUGAGCCAUGCUCCUCUUUUAUCGUUGCUGGUGUGGUUGGUUUGAAUUAUUCACAUUACCAGUAUGUAGACAUGCAUUUCCUGUUUUCGAGUACAAUGUACUUUAGGAGCACAUUGGGCUGCAGAGCUGAAUGUUUACACACACACACGCACACACACACACACACACACCUCCUACUGGGAAUCCGACAGACCAGUUUUAUUUAUGUAUUUAUUUAUUUAAAUGACUACAGAUGUUUUUAACCUAACUUGCAUGUCUCCCGAUCCUGCAGUGUCAAAUUAGUUGAUCCUCGCGAGUAUGUUACAGAAAUAUGACAGUGAAAUGCACUCAACCGCACUGACACAUGGCCAUGGUAGAUGGCUUAACCACGGACAGUUUUCUUUUUUUUACAUUUUAUCUUCGGCUCCGACAUUAUGGCCGCCACUUAUUCUGUUUACCUCGGCCUGAAUGAUCAGAUGUGAUAGCAGUCACAUGUCCUGCAGCAGAUAAUAUGAUCCUUUUAGUAUUGAUUUACACAACUGCAGGCUUUUUAGGAUCGUCACACUGCUGGUUUUGUAUUUGCUAAGAGCUGCUGGGUAGGUGGAAAUAGUGGAAGUGAGUGUAAAUUAUUUGUCUUUCUUCUGUGUGCUUGUUUUAGCAUCUUUGUUGGAUCGCUAUCCAAGCGAUUUUAACUCGCCCCGUUUAUGAUCACAUGACUGACCUGCGCUAAGACUCAGAUUUGAAUAUGUGAGAAGGGGUAUUCUUUUCUCGUUUUGUUUUUGAAUAAUAAAAUAUAUUUUUUAUUUUCUUAUGUAUGUCUCUGACUGGCACUGUGUGGUUGGUCUUGUGAACAUUAUGACCGAGACAGAGAUUUUUCAUCUUACUCCAUCAAAAGACACCAUUACCUCUGCUUCUACAGCUCCUUUGUCUUUACAUAUCUUUACCCACCAAGGUCACCUGACCUCCAUUGCACGACUUUCCGUAACUGUGAACAAAAGUUGAAUAUGCCUGCAUUUAUUAACCACUCUAACAUGUUCUCAUUAGGAGAUAAAAGUGCUUAUCACUCUUCACGCCUGCUUUCCCGACUAGCUAAUUAUUUUCAUUGUGCAUCUUCACUCUCAUUGUACGCUCUAGUCUUUUAAUCACUUGUCAUUGCUCUUUGACUUCGGUUUUUUGCCCCACCUUGAAUGAUACUUGUGGUUUGUGAGGAGAAGAUUACGAAUCUAUGAAUAAAGGGAACGCAGCAAAGAUGGUUAAAUUCGGAACACUAUAAUUGUGAUUCUGUAUGUUCCACAAACCAAGCAAAUCAUGAGUUUUUUUUUUUACCCUUUUUGAAUGUGUAUGAUCUUACGUUUGUGUGUGUGUAAACCCGUAUGCAUGUGAGAGUUAUUUGUUGUUGAUCUCAUGUAUGUGUGUCUGUGCUGUGAGAGACUACUUUGAAUUUACUUACCCCGAAACGCAGCGAAUAGGGAGAAUGUCCUCGGAGAGAAGUUCUAGGAGCUCAGUGUGCACUUUGUAUAACUCCUCAUGCCUUUUUGUUUUUCUACCUUAAGCGUCAAGUGCUAUCUUUUCUCUCUCCCUCUCUCUGAUUACUCUGAAGAGCUGCAGAGUAUUUUGGAGCAACAGUGAGUUACUACAAAACUGUAGUGCCAUUACAAACUGUGAAUUUCUAAAUAAAACCUUUUUUUGUUGUCUUUCA